AAAAUUUUGUUUACAAUUGGAAACUGUUAUUUGUUAUUUUCUUUUCUUAUUAUGUCAACAAGUUAUAAGACCGUUCCAUUAUUCUGAAUAAUAAAACAAAUUGUUAUGGAAGAUUCGUCAGAAAAAGUUUAUUCGAAAAGGAGCAGUAGGCGAGAACAAUUUCACUUUUACAAUAGUUUAGCAUGCUUGGUAAAAGCAUUGGAAGGAUCGCAUACUCUAGUGGAUUUGCGUAAUGAAAGCUCUGUAGCCGGUUACGUUGUUCUCGUAGAUGGUUAUAUGAAUAUUGAAUUAUCAGAUGUAGUAUAUUUGGAUCCCAGAGGUGAAAAAUAUUAUUUUCCACAAUUCUUUGUUCGACAUCGAAAUAUAAGGUACGUCCAUAUUCCCAGUGAACAUAAAUCUGUAGAUCUAAUGCAAAACCAAUUGAAAGGACUGAAUUAUUUCAAGACUGGCAACAAAGGAAAACGAUCUUACAAAGAGGUCAGAGCUCGACGGUAUCAAAAAGAAACACUUUGUUCUCUUAACACAGAAAAUAAAAGUUAAAAAUAA